GCACUAGCCCCAGUUGUAGCGCCGACUCGGCAUCCAAAGUUGCGUAGUUUAAAAGGCACCACUGUAUAAAAUAGUCGCACGUUUAUAUUAUAUUUAUUUUAUUUUUUUUAUUAACAUAAUUCAAUUAUUAAUUAUAUUACAAUAGUUGUAUAUUAUUAUUUUAAUUAGAAAAAAUUAUUUCAAAUAGAUAUAAAAAAUUUUUGAAAAAUUAAAAAAAAAAAAAAAAACGAAAAAAAUAAAAUUUUUAAAUUAAAAAAAAAAUAAGCUUAAUUAUUAAAAAAAUAAAAUAAAAAAUAAUUUUUUUUAUACAAAAAAUUAUUAUGUCACGUCCACAAGCUGAAUGGAAAAAAAUUAUAUUUAUAUAUAUUUUACAAUUAUUUUCAUAUGCAACACUUGAUGUACAGCUUGUUGCACCAAGAUAUAUCAAGUUUGGUGCAAAUGCAACAUUGCUAUGCAAUCAUACUGCUGAGUUCGAUGAUUUACAUAAAAUUGAAUUUAAAAAAGAUGGUAAAAAAAUACUCGAAUAUAUACGUGAUCGUAAAGAUCCAUUUCGAGAAUCACCACCUCCGGGUAUUUCUCAUCUAGAGCAUACACUCGAUGGCAAGACAAUCAAACUGGUUGGCAUACGAUUUGAUGCCGCCGGCGAAUAUUCAUGUUUAGUGAGCACGACUUAUCCAAUUUAUACGGAAUCUUCAGAAGAGGAAAAGCUUCAAGUGAUAGUGCCUCAACUGGAUAAUCCUCACAUAUUUUUUAAGCAAGCUGUUUACACAGUUGGUGAAGUCCUCGAGGCAAAUUGCACCUCAUCACCAGCAUAUCCAGCUCCUCAUUUAACAUGGCUCAUUAAUGGAAAAGAGGUUGAUAUGACACGUGUUACCUCAUUUCCACAUCGUCAUAUUGACCAACAUUUAAUGUCAGCAACAUCAAAGCUGUCAAUCGAGGUGUCAAAUUUACAUGUCGGUGAAAAUGGAGUAUUGGAGAUUGCCUGUCAAGCAACAAUACCAGAUUUUCUACGACGCCAAACGCAAUAUGCUGAUAUCAAAACUAAAACUGUUACAGUUGAUAUAACAGUUGCAACAACACCAACAUCAUCAUCAUCAUCAUCAUCAACAACAACAACAACAUUAAAUCCAAAUCUUCCACGUGGACUUUUACCAAUUUUUAUGCUCUGCGUUCUGUCUACGAUGCACAAAAUCAAUCCUUUUUAAUUAUAAAAUAAUCAAUCAAUCAAUAACGUGAAUUAUUAGUUAUUGAUGAAUUUAAAAAAAAAAAAAAAACACACAAUUAAUGUCAAUUGAUAUAGACUAUAAUGGCGAGACGAGAUUAAAUAUAUAUAUACAUCCAUAGUAUAUAAGCAACAGAAAAUAAUAUAUAUAUACAAAAAAAGAAAAAAAAAAAUUAUCUAUAUUGUAAAUUUG